AUGGCCGCCAGCACAAUGACACCGAGUCGCUUCGGCUCAUCUCACACAGGCCACCAGCAAUAUGCAUCCGGCGCACCAUCGAUGGCAGACACCCUUCCGUCGAUCGACUUCAACUUCAGCGACCUGCGCGAACGCAUGGCUCAGUUCACUUCAAGAUUCGACGAAUUUAUCGAACGCGGGCGCAAGCGAGUGUUGGAAGAGCGCAACGCAUUUCGCAUGAACGUGGCAGACAUUGAGGGUAAGAAUCGAGAGAUGUUCUCAGGAUGUGUACCCAUGUUGACGCGGUGCUAGACCAACAAAGCAAGCGGAAGCAAGCAAUUACUGAGCUUGAAUCGAAAUCUUCCAAUCAUGCCAAUAUUGUCGCACGCGAGGCUCAGGAGACGGAGGAAAUGCACGAGGCGAUCCAGUCGCUCCAAGCGCAAAAGGAAGAGCACACAUCACGACGCGACCAGGUGAAGUCGGAAAUCGCGACAGUACAGCAAGCGAUCCGACAGCGGCGUGAGGCGCAAGCCGCACAUCAAAGAUCGUUGGAUGCUCAGGCCAGACAUAACACACCGGAGCUGCGUUUCUGGGAGAACUGUCUCGGCAUGCGAAUGGAAGGAACGGGUGUGGAGGACAGGCUGAAGUUUGUCUUUGUAUGCUUAGACGAGGGUGAUGCUGAGCGGGAAUGCUGGUUCGACUUGCACAUUGGUGGGCGCGAGUACGAAGUGACUGGUACGAAACCGCGUCUCGAUCGCGAUGAAGUGGAUGCAGUGCAAGAAGGGUUGAAUGAGACGAAAGAGCUGGGGGCGUUCUUGAAGAGCAUGCGGACAUUGUUUGCAAGAGCUCUGCAGUAG